CACAUGUGAUUUCUCGACUCGCUCUCGCGGUACGCUGACGUCAUCCGCAUGUCGGCUCUCGCAGCGCCGCAUGAAGUCGAACAAGCCUGCAGGUUACCUGAGACGUUAUGAUAAUCACACGCGUGUCAAUCGAGUAUAUAAGACGGGCGGACACAUUAAAGGUUUUAGUAAAGCUUUUGUGUUCACACUGGUAUCCCGAAAGGCUUUGAUCACUUAUUAUAGCUCUUAUUUUCUGGGAUACGAACUGGAAAACAUGCUGUUUUGGCACAGUCAUCCCGAAACCUAUCAACAGCACGCGCAUGUAAGAGAUGCUCUUGCCCAUUUUCUGAAGCACGAGGAGCAGCAUUGUGCUGAAUCCAAAGUGACUCCGUUUUAUUAUGUGCUUUGUGCAGCCACAUCUCCAGCUGUGAAACUACAAGACGAAGCACUCACUUAUCUAAAUCAAGGUCAGUUCUAUGAAAUCCGUAUGCUUAACAGAAAACUGACGGAGUGUAAAGGUAUAAGCACCAAAUAUAUUAAGAGUAUUUUGCGUGUGGUGUUUCAUGACCGACGGCUUCAGUACACAGAGCACCAACAGCUGGAGGGAUGGAGAUGGAACCGACCAGGAGACAGAAUCUUGGAUAUAGACCAGUCUUCCCUAUUUGAAAAUGUCCCUUUGUCAGUGGGGAUCGUGGAUCCUCAAGCACAUCCAUUGCAGCUUAAUACCAUACAGUUCCUCUGGGAUCCUGAACAGAAUGCCUCUGUGUUUAUUCGGGUUAACUGCAUUAGCACCGAAUUUACUCCUAGAAAACAUGGUGGAGAGAAGGGAGUCCCCUUCCGCAUUCAGAUAGACACAUUUGCAGCCAGCAAGCAGGGGGAAUAUGUUAAAUAUAUGCACUCCGCCAGCUGCCAGGUCAAAGUAUUUAAGCCAAAAGGCGCGGAUCGCAAACUCAAGAAUGACCAAGAGAAAAUUGAGAAAAAAAGUCUGCAAGAUAGAGAGAAAUAUCAACCCUCCUAUAAAACUACUCUGCUUACCGAGUGCUUCCCUUGGCCUGAAGCCCCAUCUAUCAACACUACAAGAUCUCCUGUUUAUCCCAGCAGUCCUGCUUCAUACAGCUUUCAAGAGGGAAACUUCUCUUCAGGCCAGCAGGGGGAGCUACUCCUGCCCAACUACUCUGAUCACCUGUUGCCAUCGUCCUCCGCGCAUGACACACAGCAGUGGUUGCAUCGUAAUAGGUUCUCAUCUUUCUGCAGGAUUUUCUCUGGUUUUUCAGGUUCUGAUUUGCUAAAAAUGAGCAGAGACGACUUCAUUCAGAUCUGUGGGCCUGCUGAUGGAAUCCGUCUUUUUAAUGCAAUCGAGGGGAGGUGCGUACAACCACGUCUCACUGUCUAUGUAUCUCAGCUGCAGAAUAGAUAUCAAUCACAUGCCAAAGGAGGGGCUGAUGGAGUCUUCCAUGCCCUCUACCUAGAGGACCUUACUGUGUUUGAGCUCACUGAGAAGAUAGCCAAUCUAUAUAAUGUGCCCUCACAGCAGAUUCAUCAUGUGUACAGACAAGGGCCGACAGGGAUUUACGUCUUGGUUUCAGAUGCGAUGGUGCAGAACUUCACAGAGGAGACCAGCUUCAUAAUCAGCUCUUUGAAAGAUGAAAGUAAUGAUGGUUACCAUGUUGUACUGAAGUGACCAGCUACUAGAAAAUUAUGAAUCCUAAUAGUUUAUUUUAACAGACUGUGUGAUUUUAAGUUGUAUAUCACCUGCAAGAAUGUGAUGUGAAUACACAAAGAAGAGCUUUGAAUGACUAUACACUUCAGGUUUUUUAAAGAGAAAAUGUUGUCAAAGUUGAUACUUAAAAUUUUUUAAUAAAUUAUAAUAUUAA